AUGAAGCGAGAAACGCAGGAGUUCAUUCGGCAAUGUGUUGUUUGUCAGCAAACAAAAUACUCAACCCAGAAACCAGGUGGACUGUUACAGCCUCUCCCACUUCCUCAACACAUUUGGGAAGACAUUUCCAUGGAUUUCAUAACGGGGUUGCCUCCCUCUAAGGGAUUCACUGUGAUCAUGGUGGUAGUUGAUAGAUUUUCUAAGGCAAUUCAUCUAGGAGCGCUAGCUACUGGGUUCACUGCAUACAAGGUAGCAGAGUUAUUUGUUUCCAUUGUCUGUAAACAUCAUGGCCUUCCAAAGAGUAUUAUUUCCGAUCGUGACUCGAUUUUUAUCAGUCGCUUUUGGAAGGACCUUUUUACAUUCAGUGGUACCUUGUUAAGGAUGAGUUCUGCGUAUCACCCUCAAACCGACGGUCAGGCAAAGUGGGUCGCUUUACUUCCUUGGGCUGAAUAUCAUUAUAACACUUCUGUGCACACUGCAUCGGGUUUAUCCCCCUUCCAAGUGAUGUUUGGAAAAUUGCCCCCAUCGAUCUCGCCUUACAUUGCAGGUUCAUCGUCGAUUGAUGCUUGUGAUUCUGUGUUGCAAUCCCGUGACGAAAUUCUUCACUUACUGCCCAAAGUCGGUCAUGUGGCUUACAAACUGGAGCUGCCCAGUCAUUCUCGCAUUCAUAAUGUAUUCCAUUCUUCUCUUUUGAAGCUUCAUGAGGGAGUACCUCCGACUGUUAUUGAUCAAAUUCCCCAUGACUCAAUUAACAAUCACCCUGUGGUUACUCCUUUGGCUGUACUGGAAUUUCAGACAAGACUCAUAGAGGGAAUUCCCACGCGUUUCGCUCUGGUACAGUGGCAGAGACUGUCGCCUGAUGAUACAUCAUGGGAAAAUUGGGAAGAGUUGCGUCGUGACUACAACCUUGAGGACAAGGUUGAUUUUGUUGGGGGGAGUAUUGAUACGGGCAAGCCCAUUAGAGAUGACAUUGGCCCAAUAAGGGAAGUGGAAAACAAUCAAGAGCAAGGCCCAAGGACAAAAAGAAUAAUCAAAAUUCCUAAAAGGUUGGAGGAUUAUGUGACUAUUUUGACAGCUAGUGAAGAAAAGAUCUAG